GCGUCCAUAAAAAAGUAUACGAACCAGGUGGAAUUUAUCCAACAGCCGCACGAGCAGCCGCCGCGGUAGCGAAGAGUGGGGACGGGGAAGCGAUCGGAGGCAAUGGCGAACGGCGGCGAUGGCGACGGCGACGUCCCGGAGAACGCCAACGAGCAUUGCCCCGGGACGCAGUCGGAGGCGGCCGGGAAGGCGGAGUCCUGCGCCGGGUGCCCCAACCAGCAGAUCUGCGCCACCGCGCCCAAGGGCCCCGACCCAGACCUGCUUGCCAUCAUUGAGCGAAUGAAUACUGUGAAACAUAAGAUACUGGUGUUGUCUGGAAAGGGUGGUGUCGGGAAGAGUACCUUUUCAGCCCAACUCUCUUUUGCCCUUGCUGAGAUGAACUAUCAGGUCGGCCUUCUUGACAUAGACAUAUGCGGACCUAGCAUCCCAAAAAUGUUAGGCCUUGAAGGCCAGGAUAUUCAUCAAAGCAAUGCUGGCUGGUCACCAGUGUAUGUUGAGUCCAACCUUGGUGUCAUGUCAAUUGGCUUCAUGCUGCCGAACCCAGAUGAUGCUGUCAUAUGGAGAGGUCCUCGCAAGAAUGGGCUCAUCAAACAGUUCCUGAAGGAUGUUGAUUGGGGAGAUAUCGACUACCUUGUGGUGGAUGCUCCUCCAGGAACCUCAGACGAACAUAUUUCAAUUGUGCAGUACCUCCAGACUGCAGGAAUCGAUGGUGCCAUCAUCGUCACCACUCCGCAGCAAGUUUCUCUAAUUGACGUGAGGAAGGAGAUAAGCUUCUGCAAAAAGGUUAGCGUUCCUGUCCUCGGUGUCGUGGAGAACAUGAGUGGCCUGAGGCAGACACUUUCAGAUAUGAAAUUUGUGAAGCCAAGUGAGAAUGGCGAGACAGACGCCACUGAGUGGGCACUGGACUACAUCAAGGACAAGGCCCCCGAACUUCUAUCGCUCAUUGCAUGCAGCGAGGUGUUCGAUAGCAGCAAGGGUGGCGCCGAGAAGAUGUGCCAUGAGAUGGGGGUCCCUUUCCUCGGGAAGGUGCCCAUGGAUCCGCAGCUCUGCAAGGCGGCGGAGGAGGGGAGGUCAUGCUUCACAGAUCAGAAGUGCAGUGCAAGUGCUCCAGCUCUUAGAAGCAUAAUCAAGAAGCUGAUCAAGACACAGUAGGAGGGUGUUGACAGACAGCAAUGAAAAUAUGGUUAAUUGUAGACUACUAUUAGGCAGUGUCUGUGUGCCCGUGCGUUGCUACGGAAAAAAAUAGAA